AUGGCGAAGGAGCCUGCGUUGGAGCCCCUGGAAUGCAUGAACUGUUCCUCGACCCACGGAGGGAGCUACCUGCAGCCCGAGCCUGUGGAUUGUCAUAGGACCUGCCUGACUGUAGGAAUUGCAGCUCAUCGGCAGUUCCCUGGAGACGCCUUACUGGCAGACCUGGAAUCCACCACCUCACAUAUCUCCAAACGACCAGUGUUUCUCACGGAGGAAACUCCUUACUCCUACCCAACUGGAAACCACACGUACCAGGAGAUUGCUGUGCCACCCCCAGUGCCACCACCACCUUCCAAUGAGGCCCUCAAUGGCACUGUGAUCGACCCCUUAGACCAGUGGCAGCCCAACACACCCAGAUACAGCCACCAGCAGCCUCAGUCCCAGUCUCCUGUAUACAGCUCUAGUGCCAAAAGCUCCAGUGCCUCAGCUCCUAGAGACGGGCUCAGCUCUCCUACUCCCCGUGCCAGUGAAGAGGAACACGUCUACAGUUUCCCAAACAAGCAGAAGUCUGCGGAGCCAUCUCCCACAAUGACCAGCUCCUCUCUGGGCAGCAACCUCUCAGAACUGGACAGACUCCUUCUGGAACUGAAUGCUGUUCAACAUACUCCUGCCAGUGGCUUUACAGCAGAUGAGGCUGGCAGAAGCCCAUCACUGCCCAGYGUGGCUGGCCAGCACUAUGUUGUCCCAGAGAACAGCAGCUCUGGGGGAGGGAAGGCUGCACCCCCAACAAAAGAAAAACCAAAGCGAAAUGGUGCACGUGGGAUCGAAGAUGUGCGUCCCAGCGUGGAGAGCCUKCUGGAUGAGCUGGAGAGCUCUGUGCCAACUCCAGUACCUGCGAUCACUGUGAGCCAGGGCGAGGUGAGCAGCCCUCAGCGCGUCACCGCCAGUCAGCAGCAGACUCGCAUUUCUGCUUCUUCAGCUACACGAGAACUAGAUGAGCUGAUGGCAUCUCUCUCUGACUUUAAGUUCAUGGCCCAAGGAAAAAGCGGGAACAGCUCCCCUCCAUCCACAGCCUCCAAGCCUGGCAGUCAGCUGGAUACCAUGCUGGGGAGUCUCCAGUCUGACCUGAAUAAACUGGGUGUAGCUACCGUUGCCAAAGGUGUCUGUGGAGCCUGCAAGAAGCCUAUUGCUGGGCAGGUGGUUACAGCCAUGGGGAAAACCUGGCACCCUGARCACUUCGUCUGCACCCACUGCCAGGAGGAGAUCGGGUCUCGGAACUUCUUUGAGCGGGAUGGACAGCCCUACUGCGAGAAGGAUUAUCACAACCUCUUCUCCCCUCGCUGCUACUACUGCAACGGGCCCAUCCUUGAUAAAGUGGUGACGGCUUUGGACAGGACAUGGCACCCUGAACACUUUUUCUGUGCCCAGUGUGGAGCUUUCUUUGGACCUGAAGGAUUUCACGAGAAGGAUGGCAAAGCCUAUUGCCGCAAGGACUACUUUGAUAUGUUUGCUCCCAAGUGUGGAGGCUGUGCCCGGGCUAUCCUGGAAAACUACAUUUCUGCCUUGAACACUCUGUGGCACCCUGAGUGCUUUGUCUGUCGGGAGUGUUUCACCCCGUUUGUCAACGGCAGCUUCUUCGAGCACGACGGGCAGCCCUACUGCGAGGUGCACUACCACGAGCGCCGCGGCUCGCUCUGCUCCGGCUGCCAGAAGCCUAUCACAGGACGCUGCAUCACUGCCAUGGGCAAGAAAUUCCACCCCGAACACUUUGUCUGUGCCUUCUGCCUCAAGCAGCUCAACAAAGGAACCUUCAAAGAGCAGAACGACAAGCCCUACUGCCAGAACUGCUUCCUCAAGCUCUUCUGUUAAGAUUCACCAUAGAUGGGCGCUAAAGCAUCUUUCUUGCCACCCCCUUGGCAGUUCUGUCUCUCUGAACAUUACUGUGAUUUAGGAACCUUACCAGGCAGGGAAGGAGGGGGGUGGGGGGUGGGGAGUGCUGCUAUGGAGAGGCAGUAGAUCCAGAGAAGAGAUGGACCAUUAAACUGGAAACGCCCUUGCUGUGUCUCAGUAGAGAGAGGCCGAGAUCCCUCAUUACGAUGUGUGUGUGUCUGUGUGUGUGACUGACAGCUGAGCUUAGCUCGAGGGCUCCAACAGGGAGAUUUUCCCAGCCCCCUCCUGGCAGCAGGAGGCUUUGCCAGUACAUUUCAGACUGAGUCAGUUCUCUGAGCAAAUCAUGACACUUGAAGACAACACAACCCUCUGCUUUGACACCUCAKGCGUUUGCUUGCACGUGUGCAGGGUGAGCGACAGCACAGCGAGGGCACUCUGUGACCUCAGUGCCAUCCUGGCUUUGUUCACAGAGUCCCACCGUGCGUGUGACUUGCUGAGACCAGAGCAUCAGCACAGGCAGCCAACACUGCAAGGGUCUCUCCAGUUCCAUUACACUGUAAGGAGAUAAUACCACUUACUCUUUUUUUCGUCUUUUUUUUUUUUUUUUUUUUUUUUUUUUUUUUUUUUUUUUUUUUUUAAUGAAGAAGAAUCAAGAUGUUACUGUGUGGGGUGAUUUUUCUUUUUUUUUUUCUCUAGUUUGUUACUCCCUUUCUCAAUGCCUUUUCUCAGUGCACUGGAGCAGGAGGUGGGGUAAGCCCUGAUCMAAUCCCUCAGCACUGUUGUGCUCUCCUGUGGGGACAUCCCGUGCCAGGCAGCUCCAUAGAGGCAUCCCACCCAGGCCAGCUCAGGGCAUCUGCUCCCCUCACCUGCUGCUCCUGGGAGAGAAGAAUAGGCAUUAUCCGUUCUUUAAACACAGGUGCAGAGAGGUCAGAGCAGCCUUUUUCAUCCAUCCCUGUCAUGAGUGAGUGUGAUGCGCAUGUGUUUAUCUGGCCUGAAACUCUUCCAUCUAUCAGGGCCUGAAUCUGUCACAAGAGUGCAGAGAAGGAGGGGUUUAAGAAGCCAGGAAAAAAAAAUCCUAAAUUUAUAUACUUUCUUCUUCCAGUUUGCUAAUGAACCUAUCAGGCCCUUGGUUUUUCCUUUUUCUGUGCUCUUGUUAAACAUGUUCUACUGAGAGAUGCUAUAGCAAUAACCUUUUAUAUUGACUGUUACUGGUAUAACAAGUCCUGGGGGUCAGGUGUGCAUGACACACUUGGAGUUUUACUAUCAAAGUGAAUACUGUAUCCUGUCUUUGAUAAGAACUGUAGAUUUCUACACUGAUUUUGAAUUCAUAUCUAUUUACUUUUAAUCUUCUUAUACAGAAAUUGGUUUUGAAGUGAUUUUAAGAAAGCAACUUUUAUAUCAAGCUGUGCUGUUCUAGGCAGUGUGCCAGUUGUGCUGGCUUACUGCAUCUGUAACCUCAAUGCUUUGUUAAGCCUAACUAACAUUCAAUAUUUCCUUUUUGUUGYGGGUUGGGAGGGGCUAGAAUCUAUGGGGAAGGGAAUAUGACUUGURUUUUUUUCCCUAGCACAGGCAGGUGCACUGUGAAUAGGUUUGGUUUGGGUUUUUUUCCCUUCCUCUGGAUCACCUAAAAGUAUGAUUUUGGUUUUAUUGUAACCUGUAAACUGCUGUAUUUGAAUCACCUGCCAUUCUCCCAAAGCUCGGCUUCCAGGAUGUUAAGAGUUAGUCUCAAUAUUAUGCUGCAGAGGAAGGAGCUCAGAGCUUUGCCCUUGAUUUCUCCUCUUCAGCUGCCUGAAACCACAGCAGGGUUAAUUGGGGAAGGGGCUCCUUUUCUUCUGUGGAAGAAAGGUCUUGUGACUGAGGAGAAGAAACUGGGAGACAGACUUCCUGACUAGCUUUGGGCCAGUCACUAAACCUUACCGUGCCUCAGUUUCCCCAUCUGUAAAAUGGGGGCAGUUUAGCCUGGAUUUGUGAGGUCAUUCUGAGGCCUAGUUCAUGUUUGCUAAAGCACUUUUAGCCCUCUGGCUGGGGGUGCUAUGGAGAGGGAAGCAUUGGGCCGAAAUUCCCAGUGGCAUUCUGUGGUACCAACCCUGGGAGCGGUGUUUGGAAUUACUGCUCCAGAGAGCUGCUGUCUGUCACCAUCAGCAUCUGGUUGUGUUUUGCAGCUUGACAGGUGCAUUAUAGGGUCCAGAAGUGGCUGUGUCAGAAACCGGCCCUGGAAGCCAUGGGUCACUGUCCUGUGUAACCUCAUCACGGUGCUGUGCUGCCCUGCUCGGGUCAUUGAAACUCUCCCACUGCUUUCCCCCGACAAACAAACCUCAGCAUGUGGRUGUGGGGCCAGAGGGAGCUGUGGGAGCACUGGAGCUGUGUCAGCUGGGCUGAGCAGAGCUCUGGGAAAUAUUUGAGGCAAGAAUUCUUAUGCAUUUGCCUAUUCAUCUUGUAAGUCUAUUUGACCUAAAAUGGAUGUUCCUAAGCUGCCUGUGUUGAUCUCUCUGGAAAGGUCAACUCCCUUGGUGCCGCUGAGGGGACACACAGCUCUUGUGUGGAAGUGCUGGAGACGGGUGAGAUGUUUCUGGCACUGCCACUUUGUGUGACACCCGCAAACUGUGUAAUCCUGUGCCUCAGUUUCCCUGUCUGGGAAGUUCAACCUACCUCACUGCUAGUUGAGGCUGUGUCAGUGACAUUUGUGGCACAUCUGGGUGUGGGAUGCUGAGAGSAGGCUCCGCUGGCCUUAGUGCUUAACCAAGAUAAUUUCACACUCACCUGCCUUCAUCUGGUGCCUGACAUCAUGGCACACCGAUGCUAGUCUGCCAAAUAACMCCUUGUGAUGUCUGCCGCUGCUGUGGGUGUCCAAAAUGCCUGUCGUUCAUUGCAGUUGUGGCUUUACGGUAGCACAGCCGCUGUUGGGGUGUGUGGGGGCGAGGGCUGGGGAUGGAGGUGCUCGGGGAGGCCUGUGUGUUCACCCUCGGGCCAGACGCUAUCCCUGGGGAAGGCCUUUCACAUCACGGCCGGGCUGAGCUAGGGGAAUCAACGCUGGGUCGACAAUUAUUUGAUUCUUUCCUCCCUUGUAAACUUCUAACUCCGCUUUUUUUUUUUUUCCAUUUAAAAUUCUUGCAGUUACGCCAAUAAAAUUUUUACCA